AUGCCCAACGACGCCACUAUCGACAUCCCUCUGACGGCCGUGCCUAGUGUGCCGCAAACCGGUGCCCGCAAGCCAGAAGACGGCGAGCACUACUUCGAAAAGAACCAUGACGGUGCUGAUGCUGGCGCCGGCGAGGGCGCAGAACGCUCGUUAGGGGGCCAGCGUCGAGCUCACGGCCACCACCAUUACGGUGACAGAUCGGCCAAUUCAGCCGAAGACGGCACCGUCACUCGCAUGGGCAGAUUCUACAAUAAAAUUCUCAAUUUCUCCGUCGUCACCAGAUAUUUCAUCUACGUCCUGCCCUUGGCUUUGCUUUUUGCCGUGCCUAUCAUCGUUGGUGCCGUUGCUGCCCCCAAUGCCAGCAUUGGUGGUGUCCGCCUCGUCUGGUUCUUCGCCUGGGUUGAGAUCGUCUGGCUCAGCUUGUGGGUGUCAAAGGCCGUGGCUCACUAUGUGCCCUUCCUCUUUCAGUUUCUCUGUGGUAUCGUCAGCUCAGGAACCAGGAAAUAUGCUCUUAUCCUCAGGGCAUUGGAGAUUCCGUUCUCCCUCGUCGGAUGGGCCCUUACCUCCCUGGCUACUUUCAUUCCAGUGAUGACCCGCAACCCAGAUAACAUCAAGAAUCCAGUGAUCAAGCCAUGGCAGACUGUGGUCAACAACAUCCUGUUUGCCUGCUUCAUCUCGUCUCUCAUCCUCGCUGCGGAAAAAGUCCUCGUUCAGCUUAUCUCCAUAUCCUACCACCGCAAGCAAUUCGACUCCAAGAUCCAAGAGUCCAAACGAAAUGUUCAUCUGAUCGGUAUGCUCUACGCUGCCUCCCGCAAGAUGUUCCCGGAGUACUGCAAGGAAUUCGAAAUGGAAGACUACAUCAUCAACGACUCCAUCAUGGACCACCGUACCGAAGCGGAAGAGUGCAUGGCUGCUCUUGACAGAGACGAUAACGGCGACAUCAGCUUGGACGAGAUGAUUCUGACCGUCUCCGAGUUCGGCAAGGCAAGACAAUCCAUGAGCAAGUCCAUGCACGAUGUCGAUCAAGCCAUCAACGUCCUCGACAACUUGCUCUUGGCCGUCGUCUUCAUUCUCGUUAUCCUCGUGUUCGUUGCGUUCCUUAACAAGGGAUUUGGCACCACCUUGGCUGCUGGAGCUACUGCUCUCUUGUCUCUGUCUUUCGUCUUCGCUGCUACCGCCCAGGAGGUCCUUGGUUCAUGCAUCUUCCUCUUCGUCAAACACCCUUAUGACGUCGGUGAUCGUGUGCAUAUCAAUGACGAGGAGCUCAUGGUCGAGCACAUCUCCCUUCUUUUCACAGUCUUCCGAAACAUUCAGCACCACAAGUCCAUCCAGGUGCCCAACAUCGUACUCAACACCCAAUGGAUCCAUAACGUCACCCGCUCCAAGGCCAUGCGUGAACAGCUCACUCUAACCUGCGACUUCGGUACCUCCUUCGGCGACAUCCAGCUUCUCAAGCGUGAGAUGCAAGCCUUUGUCCGAGCCAAGGACAACGCCCGUGAUUUCGGACCAGAUGUUGGCAUCGAAGUUACGGGUCUAGGAGAUAUGAAUAAACUUGAGCUCAAGAUUGAACUCCAUCACAAAUCCAACUGGCAUAACGAAGUUGUUCGAGCCACCAGAAGGUCCAAGUUCCUGUGCGCACUGGUCCUUGCCAUCAAGAAGAUCCCGAUCUACGGUCCUGGAGGUGGAGAUGCCGCUCUCGGCGAUAUCUCCAAACCGUCAUACUCUGUCUCCAUCUCCCAUGAACAAGCUCAGCACAGCAAGGACGAGUAUGCAGCCAACAAGGAAGCCAAACGCAUGAUCCCAACAGACCAGAUGGACGAAGCUCUCUCCGCUGACCCUGCGCCCCUGUCUCCUCACCCAGGAGCUGGUCCAGCCGCCGCAGCAGCAGCAGGAGUAACUUCCAUCUCCGGUCUAGCAUACCGCGGUUCCACAGCAAGCAACUCAACUUCUAAUGUUUACUCACCACAUAACCCUGAAGCUGCAUUCGCCAGCGCCCUUAAUUCCCGCCCCCCAAUGGAAAGCACCCCGUCCUCAGCGAACGUUACACAGGAACAUCUUAUCCGCGGGCCGUCAACAGGACAUAGACGCUUAAGCCAGAAUCCUAACAUAAAGAUGAGCUUUCAAACUCCCUGGAUUCCGUUUCAGGGGUUCGGAAUUCGGGGGGGAUGUAUAGUUUGUCCUUCGAAUAACCCAUUCAGAGCAGCUAGUCCACAGGGUCAGAUGUACAGCCAGCCUGGUGCGUCUAGCCAGAAUCAGACACAGCAGGGCAACGUCCAUCCUGCCACUAUCAUAGCGAGGGGACAAGGCCAGGGACCACAAGGCCAGGGGCCCCCGCGUGUCUAA